AUGAGUAAAAGCAUUGUCAUUUCUCAUAAGAAUGUUAAUAGAGCUACCAAAGAACUUAAAGUUGCAGGUUAUAAGUCUACCAAAAAGUUAUCUAAUUCAUCUAAGCAAGUUUCUUACAAUAAACAUAAUUCAUUAAAACAUCAUAAUCUUAGGAAUGUAGAUGUAAAAAAUGUAAUUACAUUCUAUGGUUUGGUCAGAAUGCCAAACGACAAGGUCUGCUUAGUAAUGGAAUAUGCAGAAAAUAGAAAUUUACAUAAUCAUCUUUCAGGAAAUCGACUUAACUUGAAACUUAAAACCAAAUGGGCUAUUGAUAUUCAAAGAGGACUAUUGGCAUGCCAUGAACAUAGCAUUAUGAAUUUGGAUUUGAAAACAAGAAAUAUUUUUAUUGAUUACAAUUUAAUAUUAAAAAUUGCAGACUUUGGUCUCAGUUAUAUGAGGCCUGAAUCAGAUAUUAGAUAUGAAGCUAGAGGAUUACUUCAAUGGGCUUCCCCUGAAUACGUUUCCAAGAAACUAAAAAUGCAAGAAUAUUAUAAAGAUCAACCAGAUCUUUCAGCCAAGCUUUCCAGAAGAAUUGCUGAUUUAAUUGCUGUGCUUACUAAAAAAGAUGUAAAGGGUGAAUUAAAAGAUGUAGUCAAAAAAUGUUGCAAUUAUAAUCCUCCUGAACACAUAGCUUUGAAAGAA